CAUCAAAUUUUACGAUUGCCAUACAGAAGCUCCAUCAUAACUUGUACUUAGUGGGCCCAUUCUUAGAAUAGAUCUUGCGUUUGUUAUCUUAUCAAUCUCUAAUCAGUAUGGCAAGUCAGGUGUAUCACGAUUUUAGUGGAUUUACCAAUGUUACAACAUUUUCUGAUGCGUUCAAUAAUUUUAAUCAAGUUGAAGGUUUGAACGUUCUUGAAAAAUUAUGGGGAGCUUAUUAUUAUUAUAUGGGUAAUGAUUUAUUUGCUACUGGAUUAUUAUUCUUUACUAUUCAUGAAGUAUUUUAUUUUGGUAGAUGUUUACCAUGGUAUAUAAUUGAAAGAAUUCCUUAUUUUGAUAAAUAUAGAAUUCAAGAAACUAAAUUACCAUCUAAUAAAGAACAAUGGGAAUGUCUUAAAUCAGUUUUAACAUCUCAUUUCUUAGUGGAAGCUUUUCCUAUUUGGUUCUUUCAUCCACUUUGUAAACAAAUUGGAAUUAGUUAUCAAGUUCCAUUCCCAUCUAUUACUGAUAUGUUAAUUCAAUGGACAGUAUUUUUCGUCCUUGAAGAUGCUUGGCAUUAUUGGUUACAUAGAGGUUUACAUUACGGAGUAUUCUAUAAAUAUAUUCAUAAACAACAUCAUAGAUAUGCUGCACCAUUUGGAUUAGCUGCUGAAUAUGCUCACCCAGUUGAAGUUGCAUUAUUGGGUUUUGGAACUGUUGGUAUUCCAAUCAUUUGGUGUCUUAUCACUAAAAACUUACAUCUUUUCACUAUUUGUGUUUGGAUUGUAUUAAGAUUAUUUCAAGCUGUUGAUGCACAUUCAGGUUAUGAAUUCCCAUGGUCAUUACAUCAUUUCCUUCCAUUCUGGGCUGGUGCUGAUCAUCAUGAUGAACAUCAUCAUUAUUUCAUUGGAAGUUAUGCUUCUUCAUUCAGAUGGUGGGAUUUCGUAUUGGACACUGAAGCUGGUCCUAAGGGUAAACAAUCAAGAGAAGCUAAAAUGAAAGCUAAUGCUGAAAAAAUAGAGAAGAAGACUCAAUAAGUAAUUAAAUAAUACUAGAUAAUACUAGAUUAUGACAAUUAGCGUAAAUUAGUAUACAUAGACCAUAAUAG